AUGGCAACUCCUACUCAGCAACGUCCCAAUCCCAUCGACACCCAUCAACAACCUUCACCAUCCAACCAAUACCAUGCUGCGCUGUCUCCAGGCCGGGCUUCUUCUAUACGCUCGUUCACUACCGCAACAGAAGAUGAAGAGUACUAUGACUCUCAACCUCGACCGCGGUCUGCCAAUCCGGGUCUGCAAAGUCUAGAGUCAACCCCUCGUGGGGGUAUGGGCAGUCAAAGGGGACCACCCAAUACGGCCUUUGGAAGUAGUUUCGGAUCUCCCAACACGACUUGGGGGGGACCUGGUAAUUCCAAUGCUGGAAGUAUGCCUAGACCACCGAGAAAUCCAAGAUUCCUUUCCAGUGGGAUGUAUCAGCCUUCAAGUAAUAAUGUUCGAGACGGCUCAAUGUCACGAUCUGCAUCCAGAGCAAGACCAACUUUACAACAUCGUGAUAGUUUCGGAGGUAAUAAAGCGGAAAAGGCCAAGGCAGAUGAUGAGGUUGAAGACCGGGGUGCCGAAUUGAUAAGACAGAGACAAAGGGAACGUAGACAAGCCAGAUUGAAGAAGCAACACUUAGAAUUAGAGAAGAGAUUGGCAGCAGAAGCUGAAGGUGCAACUCCCUUAGCCACUCCUGAUCCUUCUGCUCCAAACACUGGAAUAUCGAAUGAAACAUUCCUCAAUCAGCAGAAUCGAGGUUUAGCUGGUAGGUCAGUUUCUAGAUCGAGAGCACCAAGCACCGAUAGAAGAAGAUACCCUAGUGAGGCUGGUUAUUUCCCAAGACCAUCUAGCAUCGCUGGAACGGAGACUCCCAGAGAUGGUGGUUUGAGUCCUCGAGACGAGUUCCUCUUGAGAGCACCAUCAGUACACUCAAGUUUAGCGGAUGAAGAAGACGAUAGUUUCAUAGCAGCAGAAACAGCCAGCAUAGUUGAGGAGAUCGUUCAUGACGUGGUGGGAGAAGAAAUGGACGGCGAUGGAAUCAGCGAUGACGAGGAGGAAGAAGAAGAAGAAGAAGAAGGGGAUAAUGAAGGCGUCACCGUCAGAGAUCGUCAAGAUGCUCUGAAUAUCGAACAUCCCUUUGGUUUACCUAUAUGGAAACCAGCACUUUAUCGAAAAUCCCGAUCUGUCACUCGAAAUGCAGAAUCAGCACUUCACGCCAUCCCUUCCGCUGCAGCCGAACGACAUCUUCUUCCCGGUAAUCUGCUUUGGAUCCUCUUGUUUGGAUGGUGGAUCGCGCUUGCAUGCUUUUUCGUUGCUAUUCUAGUCAGUGCUGCCGAAGUCCUUGGUGGUGGACGAGGUGGGUAUGGCAAAACACUUCGAGGUUUAGCAUGGUACAUCGGAUGGCCUUUCGGAAAGUACGUCGAAGGCGAAGGUGCCCCUGAAGAUGACCCAGAUCUCGCAAACGACGAAGAAGCAGAUAGGGGCCGAUCUCGAUCAGACUAUGGUACUUGGACCAGUCGGUCUUUAUCCACGUCGGCUUCCCCUUCUCCUCGACAACGCGUUCCUUCCGACGGUGCUUCAUCAAAUGUUACCAUUCGGAAUAUCUCUAGCAGAGAUACAUUAGGGCUUCAUGCUGGUUUACCGGACGAAUCUGCUUCUCAAUCAUCACCUGAACCUACAUCUCCCGCUGCAGCUUCUUCCAGUACUGUCCGAGAGAACGGACAUGACAGACACCCGACAGUCACAUUCUCGCCAAAUGUAAAAGUUAAAGAUAUGGCUGACAAUGAACGAACAUCCCUUCUCGGCAAGCAAUCGACUACUACUGGAUCACAUGCAGGAUUCCGUCGACCACGAAACAAGAAAGCUAAAUUCCUCGGUCGAUUGAUAUACUGGCCUGGUUUCGUUAUCAUCAUUGCGCCAAUAAUGCUUUCCGUGUGUAUUUUGUGUUGGUUCUUCGUUAUCACCAUUCCUAUGGCUAAACUCACAUGGGCUUUAUUGAAAUUACUGUAUUUCCGACCUCUCGAGAUCAAUUUCCGUUCAGCUCCAAAAGUGCCUGUACCGACACCCACUCCACAUGGAUCACCUGAAUCUGCCGAUGGAUCAGGAUCGACCACUUUGAACGAAGAUGGAUCACCUUCUGGAUACACGAUGAAAAGAGCCCAUCUCACUGCUGGUCAAGUUGCACCUACUUCAGGUCCUAAAUCAACAGUUAUGAUCUGUAUCUAUAAAGCGGUCGGUCUGCAAUAUUACAAAUAUACUGUUGGGGGUGUCAAUAUCAUGUUCAUCAAUCUACUUCCAUUGGUAUUUUUCGUGAUUAUCGAUGGUCUAUUUAUACUUCCUUGGGUUGAAAGACAAGAACAUCAAGGACAUCCGAUUACACCUUUCUUAAAGUUCAUUACCGCUCAAGCAUUAAUAUUCGUCAUGGCUCUAGCAUCGGUUAUUCCCUUAUCCUAUUUCAUCGGAAUGGCAGUCGCGUCAAUCUCGGCACAAUCAUCAAUAGGCAUGGGAGCUGUUAUCAAUGCUACUUUUGGUUCAGUCAUCGAGAUCAUCUUAUACUCAAUCGCGUUGAUCCAAGGCAAAGGUAGAUUGGUUGAAGGUUCAAUCGUGGGAAGUAUAUUAGCUGGUGUGCUCCUGAUGCCAGGAGUUAGUAUGUGUUCAGGAGCUUUUAAGAGGAAAGAACAGAAAUUCAAUGCCAAGUCAGCUGGUGUAACGAGUACAAUGUUAAUCAUGGCUAUAAUCGGUACUUUGACACCGACUAUGUUUUAUCAGACUUAUGGUUCGUUCGAACUCCAUUGUGAAGGUUGCCCCGAGCCAAUAGGACAUGAUAUCUCUAUCGUACCUGAAUUUGGCACGCUCAAGACAGGCGACAUGUGGGUCUGUGAUCAUUGCUACUAUGAACAUCCUGAUCCUCAAAAAGAUCCGUUUUAUCAGGAACAAGUUGAAACCUUGAUGUACUUUUGUGCGGGAAUUUUGCUUUUCUCAUACCUCAUUGGUCUUUGGUUCUCGCUUCGUACACACGCUGCUCAAAUAUGGCAGAAUCCUCAACAGCUGAUGAAAUCUGAUGCAGCAGCGGCCAUACAAGCUAUGCAUCCGGCUGUUAAAGCUACAUUAACACAACGGAUCACCCCUCAAGCUGUUAUGCAGCAUAUUUUACCAUUACAUAAAUCGAAUACAGCAAGUCCCGCUCAACCUUCAAGAUCAGCCGGCGGUUCACCUAAAGCAAGUAUGAGUAGAUUACCUACUUAUCUAGGAUAUAUACCUUCACCUGUUCCCGAAGAGGACGCGCCAUCAAUAGUACCUGCAACGAACAAACAUCAAGGUGAACAUGAAGAAUCAGAUCCGAAUCAAUUAUCAUCGAAGAAUUAUAAUCUACCCAUGGGAUAUACACCUUUUUUGGAAUCCGUUGAUAAUGACAUCAAAGCGCAGUCUUCUCAUCUGACUCCAAUGAGAUUGCCUUCCAGUUUGACCACAGAAGAUUUCACUCGUGCGGUAGCAGUUGCCACUGUCUCAGCAUUGAGACAUCAAGGUUCAAUCGUAGGUUCACAUAAUGGGUCAGCACAGAAACAUCGACAUCACCUACAAGAUGGUCAAGGACUAGGACAAACUCAGGCGCAAGGUCCAUCAACCACAUCAGGAGGACAGGCAAUGGUCCCUUCAACCAGUGUCAAUAAAGGAAAUUGGCAAGAUGAGGGAGAUGACGAAGACGAACAUGGUGGCCAUGAAGCUCCUUCUUGGACAAGAGGUGUUUCCGCUGGUGUCCUCUUAGGAUGUACCCUCCUAUAUGCUAUAAUCGCUGAAAUCCUCGUGGAUGUAGUUGACGUUGUACUUCAAGGUUCAAGAAUAGACGAGAAGUUCUUAGGUUUGACUUUAUUCGCAUUGGUCCCAAAUACAACGGAGUUCAUGAAUGCUAUGUCCUUCGCCUUGAAUGGUAAUAUCGCUUUAAGUAUGGAAAUCGGUUCUGCUUAUGCACUUCAAGUAUGUUUACUGCAAAUUCCAGCCAUGGUAGCAUUCUCAGCUAUUUAUCAACCUGAUAAAAUGGGUGAUGUGGUUGAUACAUUCACAUUGAUUUUCCCUAGAUGGGACGUUAUAGCUAUCAUCUUGUCUAUAUUCCUAUUAACUUAUACUUAUAUAGAAGCUAGAAGUAAUUAUCAUAGGGGGUCCAUUUUGAUUUUAGCGUACAUCGUUUUGAUCAUGGGAUUCUAUUAUGCCCCUACGAGAUCACAGAGUGGUGCGGAUGACCCAAUAAUAUAUGGUCCAGAGAGUAUCGAAAAUAUCAAAGGUAAUCUCGGGGUCUCCAUCACUAAACUCUGGGCUUAA